UUGGGUGUCAUCCGUGGGUGCCAUGUGCGAUGUUUGGGACGACCUUGCUGGGUUGCCUUGUGGUGGCAUCAACCCAAAGCAUCGAAUGGUAUUCGCAAUGGUCAGGUGCACUGACCAGGGCCUUGCACCACAUGGAGCAAGGCUCCGAUUUUGGGGUCGUCCAGUGGAUCGAGCAGACCAUGGAGGUCCUACAAGCACAAGCCUUUGCAUGUUGGAGUCACGGUGGUCGUUACUGGGAGACGGAUUUGACGAGUACGGCCUACUUCCAGUCUUUGCAGAUCGAUUUCGAGGAGGACGACUGCGACGGCUGUCUAGGGCUGAUCGUGGAGCGGCUGCAGCGGCUGCCGGAGCAUCUCAUCGGGGGCCUCUGUGCGCCUCAGAGCUGGGAAGAGGAGGAGGUGCGAAGCAAGGCGAUGCCGCAGUUCCUCUCGCGCAGCUUGCAGUUCGACUUCCAACUGCCCGUGCCGGCGAGGGAGGACUUACAGGUGGUGGAGCUUUCUCAUUGGUCUCAGCUGAAGCUGGAUUUUGUGGUGGCUGGCUUGGACAGUUGCGGCACCAAUACAGUGACUUACGGCCUGGCUCAGGCGGACGAGAUUUCCUUCACCAUGGAGGAUGAGGAUCCCUUCUUCUUCCGCCACGAUUCCCUCUUGCCGUACCGCCACGAGGUGGAGAGCUUUAACUUCCAGUGGCUUCGCAAGGCCCGUGCGCGCCCAGCAGCCCGGCCCAGCGGCCAGCAGCUGUGUGGUCUGAGACACCCAGGGCUCUUUCACUCACAUCGGGUGCGCUUGGCGUUGGCAUCAAUACCCAGGCUCAAGAUGAUUCUUGUUCUUUGUGAUCCGCUCAGCAGGUUCGAAAAGAGGUUCUGGUUGCAGAAUCAGUGCCAGGUCAACGUGCAUGCCAUCCCUCGUGAGGGUCGCUGUUUCUGGAGCGCCAAAGCUGCGCUUGAGGAACCACAUCUGCUACAGCAGGUGGCUUUCAGCCGACACCUGGCACAGCUGCAACGGCUCAUGGGACCCCACACCUUGCGCGCGGUGCAUCAGGCUUCUUUCCGCCAAAGCUUCGCGGAGGCUUUUCAGCGCUUGGUGGAGUUUCUGGGAGUGCAGAGGCUUGUGCCCUUCAAGCCUCAUCGUCACAAUCACCACGGGGGUCAUCGAUCAGAUCUGUGCCGCAAUGCCUCCUUGGUCUCAGAUUUGCAAGCGCUCCUCAGCUCCGAAUAUCGCGCCGUCGAGGAGCUGCUCCAAAGUCAUGGUGGGGGCGCCGCCUUGCCCGAGGAGCUCCUGUUGCGUCGCACGCGUUGCGACCGGCCCGAGGUUCCUUUUUGUACUUGGGAUUUCUCCCCAAGUGGCCAAUUCAAUAGGUAGAAUGAUGAUAAACCAUGGGAAUUU